CUCCUCCUCCUCCUCCGCCAAGAUGGCAUCUGGCAUCCUUCGUGUUCGUGAUUUCCGCUUGUGCCUACGCGCCUCGGUUGAAUCUGGUUAAACCGUACUCACAUUUUAUGUUCGAAUACACCUGCAUGUGUUAGUUCUCGUCAGUACUAGUUCUUCCGUGCGGUGCUCAGCAGCUGGGACUGAAUUUAAGGAAUCGAGAGAAAAAAAAAGAGAAUACAAUGGAGUCGAGUCCGGUGCUUAUGCUGAAUGUGAUAAAAAAUGACGAGGAUUCUCUCACUGUGCCUUUGUCAACGUUUAUUACCCUAUUUUCAUUUCUAUAUUGUGAAGUAACUGACGUUGACAUCUUUUUCGUCGAAGGCAGUUCUGACGAAUUAUCAUCGUACAGCUUUCCACUCCCUGGAAAUGUUCUCAAGAAACUGGCAUGCAACCUCAUCAGGGGUGACGUCAACAGAACUCUUCGUGACUGCAGGGCACCAGCUGUGUUUCUGCCAAAGUUGAACACCUGUAUAGGUGGACUAGCAGCUGUCAUCCGAUGGGCUAUAAGUCACCAGAGUGCAAAAACACCCGGCCAUUUCUCCAGAGCUUUGCUUGGCUUCAGAGGGAGCACGCUCGUAGCCUGUUCAGAAUCUUCACUGUGGACACGAUUUUGUGAGAUCGACAUCGCCAAAGCAGUACAUGCUCUGUUCAGGCUAGCAGAGAGCAACAGUGACGAGUCGUUUGUCUUGCCCGAACAGUUGUGCCUCCUUGAGGCCCACAUGCAACAUCCAGUAAGGACGCAUAAUAUUCGCAGAAAACAGCAAGAUCUUCAGCAAAAGGAUGGUGGCUCAAAGAAAAACAGCAAUGAUCUUCCAACUCUAGAGCAUCAGUACGUAGAGGGCUACGAAAUGACGAUAGCGGACAUCAUACUUUUUCCAUGCAUAUCAAUUUGCAUUUCCACCAUUUCGAGGAUGGUUGGUUUGGUGGAUCUUGCUGAGAACUUGCCACUUAUUGUGAAGUGGUACGACAAGAUGCUGAGCGAUCAACGUUUAUCUCUUGCAUUUGAAGAAUUCUCCCUAGGAAGCACAGUAGGUCGCUCAAAUACCAUGCCGCAAAGUAAGAAAGUGAUAGAAAGAGUUGGACUCCCCCAGGACAACCUGUACUCCAGGAACCCAGAACGCUGCAAACCAAGAAUCCGCCAUAAAAGUCCACAGCCACUCAUCAACCGCCUCCACUCCGCUGGAAUUGAGUCGGAGCUGGCACCGAACCCAGCGAAGGAACAGCUUCCGCUCCCGUGGGACAGUUACCCGCAGUAUAUCCACCCAGUCGGGGGUGGCCUUCCAAACAAGAGAGUGUCUCGAAAGUGCGAACAAAUUGAGAACAUGGUGGCGCUAGUAGUGGAGCAUGCGUACCCAGGGUGUACAAUUGUGGACUUUUGUUCAGGAGGAGGACACGUUGGUGUAGUGCUUGCGUACCUGCUUCCAAAUUGCAAAGUAAUCAUGAUCGAAAACAAGGAAGAAUCAGUGCUACGUGCAAGGAAGAGGUUAGAGGUGUCACAGCUCAGUAAUGUCACUUUCUUUCAGUGUAACAUGGACUACUUUUACGGAAAUUUUGAUAUCGGUGUGUCGCUUCACGCGUGUGGCGUGGCGACUGACCUGGUGAUUCAGAAGUGCAUGAACAAUAAUGCUGUCUUCGUGUGUUGCCCAUGUUGCUAUGGCUCAAUGAGCAGUACGGACAAUGUUAAGUACCCCCUCAGUCACGUGUUCCGAUCUUCUGGUAUCUGCUACGAAGAUUACAUACUGUUGUGUCAUUACGCUGACAGGACAGAACAAAACACGGCGACGUGCCAGCAGGGUGUUUGUUGCAUGACACUUAUUGAUGCUGACAGGGCAUACUGGGCUAAGGAACAUCAAUAUGAUGUUUUGGUUACUCAAAUGUACCCCAGCGAUUGCUCUCCAAAGUGCCACAUAUUGAUAGGAAAGCCAGCGUAAGACAAUAAAUAUUUUACUAAAAGGC